CUCUCCCAGGCCGCCUCUUGCGGGCAAGGCCCGGGCUGAGGGCCCUGCAGAGGUCAAGCCUGAGCUGCACCCCCUGCAGAACAGGUAGGCAGGGGACUACAAGCUGAACACAGAUCCCUGCUAUCGGGCCACCCCCGUGCUGGCUGGCAGUGGCCUUGGACGACCCUUUCCUCUCUUGGGCCCUAGCUCAUCUGUGAGAGGCCAGAGCUGGCCUGAGCCUGGAGUCCUAUUGGCCCUUCUGGAUAACUUAGACACCUGGGAGGAGUCUGUGCCCCGAGUCGAUCUCCCAGUUUGCCCUUGAAAGGGAGGGGCCUCCCUGUCAGCCCAGGUGCUGCUGGGGGCAGACAUGGGAGGCUCUCUGCUUCCUGGCCACCUCCCCCACCUCGCUAGGUGGGCCCUGUGGUUCUUAAAGAAUGACCGCAGCCGGGCCUGGCGGGACAACCUGCAGCUGGUCACCAAGGUUGACACCGUGGAGGACUUCUGGGCGUUGUACGGUCACAUCAAGCUGGCCAGCAAGCUCUCUUCCGGCUGUGACUACGCCCUGUUCAAGGAUGGCAUCGAGCCCAUGUGGGAAGACAGCAGGAAUAGGCGGGGUGGCCGCUGGCUGGUCAGCCUGGCCAAGCAGCAGCGCCAUAGUGAGCUGGACCAGCUGUGGCUGGAAACACUGCUGUGUCUGAUAGGGGAGAGCUUUGAGGAACACAGCGGCGAGGUGUGUGGGGCUGUCAUCAGCAUCCGCGCCAAGGGGGACAAGAUCGCUGUGUGGACGAGGGAGGCGGAAAACCAGGUGGCCGUCCUGCACAUCGGGCGUGUAUACAAAGAGCGGCUGGGCCUCUCUGCAAAGACUGUCAUUGGUUACCAGGCCCAUGCAGACACAGCCGCCAAGAGCAACUCUCUAGCCAAGAACAAGCUGGUGGUGUGAGGGCCCUUGGCACCCCUCCUCUUUAGUGGGACAGCUAUCACCCAAGCUUCUUACUGCUGCGUGGGGAGCAAGACUUGGGGGUAGUCAAUCGAACAGGAAUAUGUAUGUUUUAACAUAAGUUGGGGCCCAAGCUUAGGAGUGCAGUGGUGGCAGCAGUCUGAGGGCCUAGCUUUUCUUGGAGCCACACAAUGGGCAGGGUGGAGGGAACUCUGGGGUUGCUUGUUUCAUCUGGGUGUGGGUGAGUCAUGGGGGAAGGAGGUGACCAGCACUUACUCUGUGCCUGCUCGGGAAGGGGGCUAGGUGGCUUGCAGGCCAGGCUCUUUCAUUGAAGGGGCGGGGGCUCAAGGCCCCUGACACUCCAAGGGGUACAGUUCAAAGACAAGAGGGGGGGAGCUUCUCUGUGACCCUCUGCCUAAAAACCUUUAAGGGUUGCUUAUCCUCAGACUUGUAGCUUCGGCGCCCACCCUGGAUCCUGUUCAGGCUUACCCUGUGACAACUGAAACGUUCACCCACACCCGUGUGAGUGUGUGUGUGUGCUGUGGCUGGGUCCGUGGCCUGAGGCUGGAGGGUUUGAGGGAGAGCCACCAUUUGCACAGAAGGCUGUGUGGGGAGCCCUGCAUGGCUUCUUGGCUUGUCAUCUGUGGCCAGGGGUGUCUGUGCCUCCCUUGACUCCGGGCCAGAUUAACAUGGAAGUGGGUGGAUGAGCCUCUGCCCCCAGGAGAGGGUGAUGGGGGUCUAGGCCACACCAUGGUCCUGGUGGAGGUCGACUAACGUGAUGAAGCUUAAGCGCCUUUGUGUUCA